ACCGAGCGACCAGUACGCAGGUUUCUGGCGUCCUGAGCAAACGUCACUAGAGACCAGUCAGUUCGAGCAAGAGAACGCCGCGGCCGCAACUAUGUCGCGCGCCGUGCUUUUUAUAAGUGUUUUUACCAUAUUUUUGGAAGUGCUGCAUGCGAGCCAGGCAAGCAGCGGUGCGGAGCCGCAGGUGGCGGUGCUCUGCGAUGCGGGCUCCGGUUACCACCCGCAGUACAUGUCCGCCGCCGGCCGAUGGACGCCCGACCUCACCACCAAACCUCACAACUGCUUAAAGGACAAGAUGGAAAUCCUCGACUACUGCAAAAAGGUGUACCCCAGCCAUGACAUCACUAACAUCGUGGAAGCGUCUCACUACGUCAAAGUGAGCAACUGGUGCAAGCUCGGCUCCAGCAAUGCCGCCAAGUGCAAAGUCAACCGCUGGGUCAAGCCUUUCCGUUGUCUUGGUCCAUUCCAAUCAGACGCGCUGCUGGUGCCCGAGAGCUGUCUGUUCGAUCACAUCCACAAUCAGAGCCGCUGCUGGCAGUUCGCUCGUUGGAACGCGACCGCGGGCCGAGCAUGCGCACAACGUGGUCUACGACUCCGUACCUUCGCUAUGCUCCUGCCCUGUGGCAUCAGCCUUUUCUCCGGCGUCGAGUUUGUCUGCUGCCCCAAGCAUUUCAAAGAAAAUGUCAAGAUGCAUAAGCCCAUGGACGUCGGUGUACCGGUUAGCCCCGGAGGUGAGGAGAUGCUGGCCGCUUCCGCUGCGAUGGACGAGCGUGAUGAUGAACUAAUGGAUGAUGAAGACUCACUCGCUGAUGAUGAUGAUGAUACACUCAACCUGAGCGAUGAUGACGAUGAUGACGAUGCCGAUGACGGUGAGUUCGAUAUGGAUGAAGAUGAGGAUACUGACUUGUCCCGUGAUGAUGAUGCCGAGGACGACGACUACACGGAUGGGGAUGAGAACGCCUGGCCUCGCCCCGAGACCUCUUCGCCGCAGCCCACCACCAGCACGACUACUACUACCACGACGACGUCUACCACUGUGGCUUCCACUGCAACCUCGGACCCAUACUUUUCGCACUUCGAUCCCCGCACUGAGCACCAGAGCUACAAGGAUGCCCAACAACGUCUCGAGGAAACUCAUCGCGAGAAGAUCACAAAGGUUAUGAAGGAGUGGUCCGAACUUGAGGAACGCUACCAGCAGAUGAUGAGCACCGACCCCGCCGCUGCACAGACCUUCCGUCAGCGCAUGACCGCCAAGUUCCAAGCCAAUAUUCAGUCCCUGGAGGAAGAAGGCGUGGCGGAGCGACGUCGUCUGGCAGCCCUGCACCAGCAACGUGUUCUGGCUCACCUUGCUCAACGCCGCCGCACUGCGCUCGCCUGCUACACUCGCUCUCUGCGCGACACACCGCCUAAUGCUCACCGUGUCCAGAAGUGCCUGCAACGGCUGGUGCGAGCGCUUGCAGCUGAACGUAGCGGUGCGCUAGCCGCCUGGCGCCGCGCUGCAGCAGCUGGAAGGGAAGCCGCCGCCGCCGAACGAGCUUCUGCCGCCGACCGUCUCCAGGAUGCUGACCGCGCUCUGCAACGUGCUCUGUCGUCGCUCCGUCGCCGCCCGCACCUGUACGCCAGCAUUGGAACCGCUAUUGAAGAUUACGUCCAGUCGAUGCAAUCCAAGGACGAUAUGGCGGUGUCUCUGAUGUCGAUGACCCCUGAAGCGGAGGAGCUGCUGCUGGACCGCAUCGAGGCGGAGGUGCAGCGCGAGCAGGCGGCACGCGAUCAGCUCGGAGCUAAGCGCGACCAGCGCACUAGGCAGCGACAGGACAUCCAGAACGAACGGAUCAAGACUUCAAACGGUGUGAAAGAGAGCGAUGAAAUCGACGACGAGGCCAAUGAGGUGAACGAGACGGAGGAGACGACGGCUGCCCCCUCCGCCCGCAGCUCGCCGCCCUCCUCCCCCGCGCCGCCCGCCUCCUCUGCCUCCCCCGCCUCGCCCGCCUCCCCCGCCAUCGCCCGCGACGCCACCACGCGCCUGGCCUACACGCAGGAAACUACUACCACUGAAUUUCUAACGAGCACGGUGACGGAGGCGGCCGAGACCGAGACUGAGACCGGUGAGAUUGGCGAGACAUCCAGCCGACGAUCCACUAGCGAGACGGAGGGCGAAGGACUACGCGCGGCGUUGGAGCAGGCUGAAGAGCGCGCGCCCCCGCCGCCCGCACACGCACUCAAACAUGAACUUCAGCACACGCAGCCUGGUUACACGGUGCGCGGGUCCCCUGGCGGCAGCGGGUCGGGCGCCCUGUACCCCGCUCUGUGCGUUGGCGGCGCCGCGCUGGCCGCCGCUGCAGCUGUCGCGCUGGCCGUCGCCCGCCGCCGCGACCGCGCCCCCGCUGCACAGGGCUUCGUGCAGGUUGAGCAGACCGGCGCCGUGGCUCCGACUCCCGAGGAGCGACACGUGGCCAACAUGCAGAUCAACGGCUACGAGAACCCCACCUACAAAUACUUCGAAGUCAAGGAGUAAACCAUCUCCUGUCCCUCCCACACGCUCCCCUCUCCCACCGGACUCACUUCUUUCACUCUUCUAUAUUCUUCUAUCUUUUACUAAACCAGCCAUUUGAACAUUACAAUUAUGUUUAAAUUAGUUUUAAUCCUUUUAAUUAAACAUGAUCGCGCUGUUUAUUUUAAAUGUUUAUGGCGAGUUUUUAUGUAAGAUGAGAUAUUUCGUGAUGUGUGCUAGCAAUCCCCUGUAGGCUCCUGUGUUUCGUGUCCCGCGUACUUUGUCCCCUAAAAAUUAAUUCUUUAUGGAAUGAAUGUGUGUGUAUAUUUCUAUCUACGACUUCUUCGUGUCCGGUGGCGGGGAUUAGAGAUGUAAUUAAUAUUUUAAAAGCUUGUGUGAUUAGUCGGCAUACAUGUUGCGGUACUCGAAAUCUCUCAUACGAUAGAGGUUAGUUGAUGAUAUUAUUUUACGUUUUGUUACUUUAUGUUUGCACCAAAAUGUUUUUUUUUAUUUUAUUUUUAGAUAUAAGUUUUCAUCUAGUGUCCCUAGAUGUCUUAAGUCACCUUGUAGUGUUAAUUAAGUUUUCGAGGCCCCGGCCCAAGUGAUAAUGUCCAAGCGAGUCUUUCUCUUUCAAGCUUUUAAGGUAACAUUGAACACUUAAGACUUUUCAAAUCGAUCUCAACUUAGUUAAGUUAAGUCUAUAUUUCUUGCACGAACUGCGCAGGGCGUUGUCCCUUGGGUGAGUGGAACAAACGUCCAUUGUAUGCUGUGUUUAGGCUCCGCGUACACAUUCCAACCUGAAAUUUUCUUAAUCUUUGAAACCCGCUUUUUUUUCUAAUUUAGGUAGAUCAUAACGUAAAUUCUAUGUAAUAAAAUGCGAAAAUAUAUUUUAAUAAUUAUCGUGUACUUAGCGGAGGUUCGGGCGGCAAAGCCGGUGCGGGUGAACCCUGGACAGCAGUCGUUCUAGUCAAUUUUUUUUUAUUUCAUGCGCGAUCAUUUUUAUUUACUUGUUAUAUUUUGUUCGCCCUUUUUUCACUAUUGAUCUUUGUUCGCCCGCGGGACAAUACUCCUAGUUCCCACUUAAACCCCGUGUAUUCAAACUGUGCCCCGUCUUGUAUUUGCAUUGGUCUGUGGCACGUUGGAAUCAUUGCCGAGGCCGCAGUAUCUAGUCACAGAACGUCACAGACUAUAUAGCGUCUGGAUCAGACAGACGCGCACAUUGUGAGCACACGGCAGAUGUAAGCUUAGUGAGUGUAUGUACGAUUAUGUAUAAGUAGAUGUACAAAAAGUAAUACAUUAUAUAGAUGUUUUAGCGUCAGAUACAUAGAUAUAAAGCAAAAUAUUAUUAUAUAUCGCAUUCGUCCGUUUAAAAUAAGGGCUUGCGCUCGUGUCUAAUCCCACGUACCACACUUAAUGUUACGCCGUAGUUAAGAUGUAAUUCUGCCUCAGUAUUAUAUACAUUUAAGCUUAUUUGUUACAUAAGCUAAUUUAUAUACAUUUAUUCUAUUUGUUUAAGGGCGUUGUGGCGCUGCUACGUAGAGAAAGUCAUAUCAGAGGCGUCACGGCGCUUUUUGUAUCUCUUUCGUUGCGUUGCCACAUAAAAACAUAGAUGGCGUUGUAACCAAUAACGAGGAUCUGUUCGAUUCGAUUGUGACGUAACGAAAAAGGUGUAAGCGCCCGCCCGUGGCUUGUACGACAUUUUAAAUAAGUCUAUUCACUGUGUAUAACGUAAGUUUAAUCCUGCAUAAAUAACCGCUGUGUAUUUUUAAUAAUGAAUCUAAUUAACUACAAGCCAACCGUAUUAUUUUUUUAAUCAAAACUUUUUGCUCAAAUUCAAUCUGGCGGCAUUUGUUUCCAAAUGCUAAAAGUCGAUGUCGAAAAUUUAUUAAAAAUCGUCUUUUGUCAACUUUAUCGAUGUUGUAGUAGAAACCUGAUUUAUGUACCCAUUUCAACGUUACACGUAUUUUAAGAAUAUUAAAGGUUUGAGAUUUUUUUUUGUGAUUUACUGUGCUGCAUUUCAUUGUGAGUUCGAAGUUCAAAUUGAAUCAAUAAAUAGGAUCUUAAAUA